AGUGUGCCUUUGUGAGGGUGUGUGUGUGCCGCCGGGUCUGUGCAGUGGGUGUGGGUGUUUGCCUCCCUGUAUCCGCCUUCUCUCCCGUCCUGGACUUUUAGCCUUCCUGGGCUCGCCUUCCUCAUGUCCUUCCUCCUCCGUCUUGGGGCUCAAACUGGGUGCCCUGGUGGAGGAGGGGAGCACACUCCAGAACCUAGUCCAACCCCAGACGCUGCCUGAGGCUUCCCUCCAGCUCCCCUCCCUUCCUUUUCUCCCUUUCCUCCCUCCCUCUCUUUCCCUUUCUCCCUCCCCCCUAAGGCUGGCGUGCCAGGGGGUGGGACAUGCCAAUCACUGGCUGUGCCUCUCCCGCUGCCAGCACAGGGCGCAGCUCCCCCCGGGAGCCAGGUGUUUGGGUCCCUGGAGACGCCGCCGGCCCCCAGGGAGGCAGUGGGGCUGAGGACCCUACAGACCCCUCUUCAGCCCCAUGGUGAUGACUUUCCUCUGAGGAAGCCCUGCAGCCUGCCUGGAGGAAGGGGCUCCCCAACCCCAGCCCCACCUAGCCACCAUGAACACCUCAGCCCCACCUGCUGUCAGCCCCAAUAUCACCGUCCUGGCACCAGGAAAGGGUCCCUGGCAAGUGGCCUUCAUUGGGAUCACCACGGGCCUCCUGUCACUGGCCACCGUGACAGGCAACCUGCUGGUACUCAUCUCCUUCAAGGUCAACACGGAGCUCAAGACAGUCAAUAACUACUUCCUGCUGAGCCUGGCCUGCGCUGACCUCAUCAUCGGUACCUUCUCCAUGAACCUCUACACCACAUACCUGCUCAUGGGCCACUGGGCUCUGGGCACGCUAGCUUGUGACCUCUGGCUGGCCCUGGACUAUGUGGCCAGCAACGCCUCCGUGAUGAAUCUGCUGCUCAUCAGCUUUGACCGCUACUUCUCCGUGACUCGGCCCCUGAGCUACCGCGCCAAGCGCACACCCCGCCGGGCAGCUCUGAUGAUCGGCCUGGCCUGGCUGGUUUCCUUUGUCCUCUGGGCCCCAGCCAUCCUCUUCUGGCAGUACCUGGUCGGGGAGCGGACAGUGACGGCGGGGCAGUGCUACAUCCAGUUCCUCUCCCAGCCCAUCAUCACCUUUGGCACAGCCAUGGCCGCCUUCUACCUCCCGGUCACGGUCAUGUGCACGCUCUACUGGCGCAUCUACCGGGAGACAGAGAACCGAGCACGGGAGCUGGCAGCCCUUCAGGGCUCUGAGACGCCAGGCAAAGGGGGUGGCAGCAGCAGCAGCUCAGAGAGGUCUCAGCCAGGGGCCGAGGGCUCCCCAGAGACUCCUCCAGGCCGCUGCUGUCGCUGCUGCAGGGCCCCCAGGCUGCUGCAGGCCUACAGCUGGAAGGAGGAAGAGGAAGAGGAUGAAGGCUCCAUGGAGUCCCUCACAUCCUCAGAGGGAGAGGAGCCUGGCUCCGAAGUGGUGAUCAAGAUGCCCAUGGUGGACCCCGAGGCGCAGGCCCCCACCAAGCAGCCCCCACGGAGCUCCCCAAAUACAGUCAAGAGGCCGACCAAGAAAGGGCGCGAUCGAGCCGGCAAGGGCCAGAAGCCCCGAGGGAAGGAGCAGCUGGCCAAGCGGAAGACCUUCUCGCUGGUCAAGGAGAAGAAGGCGGCUCGGACCCUGAGUGCCAUCCUCCUGGCUUUCAUCCUCACCUGGACGCCGUACAACAUCAUGGUGCUGGUGUCCACCUUCUGCAAGGACUGUGUUCCUGAGACCCUGUGGGAGCUGGGCUACUGGCUGUGCUACGUCAACAGCACCAUCAACCCCAUGUGCUACGCACUCUGCAACAAAGCCUUCCGGGACACCUUUCGCCUGCUGCUGCUUUGCCGCUGGGACAAGAGACGCUGGCGCAAGAUCCCCAAGCGCCCUGGCUCCGUGCACCGCACCCCCUCCCGCCAAUGCUGAUGGUCCCUCUCCUGCAUCGCUCCACCCCAGUCCCCGGGAGAGGCCGGAGGGAAGCGGGCAGGGGCUGCAUCCUCAGCCCCAGAGCCCCGCGCAGGCCUCACCUGGCCUCCCAAGCCCCUGGGUCACCUUGCUGGGCAACCCAGAGGGACCCUGCCAACUUUCCAGACUUUGCUAUUCCCAGGCAGGGAGGGAAACCUGGGGAACUGGUUUUUCUGUUCCCUGCUGGGUGGGAAUGGGCUCUUCACCAGGAAGAAGGCCCGGGAGGAGGAUCCGGGCUUUGGACUCCUUGUUUGCCUUUAGGCAGGAAGUCAGGAGCCAGCAGGGCGGGCCAGGAGAAAGAGGGCUUAACCUUACAGUAUUCCUUGGCCCAGGGGCGGCCCGCAUUGCGGGGUGAGAUGGCGCCCCCUGGGGGACACAGCCGGGAACUGAACGGACCACUGGGAGAAAAGCUUGACUACAGGGAGCUGGGGAGCCCGGAUGGGGGAAUCCCCUCGCUUCAUAGGCAGAGCCCGCCCAGCUGGGCCCUAGGCAUACGUUCCAGGAUUGUCCAGACCCCCUACAGAUGUCCCCAGAGGGUCCCUAGGUGGGUCACCUCCAAGGCAAAUGUCCAAGCAUCAGCAGGAUGACACUGGAAGGGACCAGCUUGGCUAGUCACACAUCAAGUCCCAAGGCAGCAGGACCAGGAGCCGGGUGUCCUGACCGUCCUACGAUAUCAUUUCCCUGGGAGUGGGAGUCAAGUGUGCCUGCUGUCCAUACCCCUGCCCCAGAGAAGCCUCAGUCCCUCCCUCCUGGCUCACAGCCGCCACCUGGACAGACCUGCUCCCUGCAGACCUAGCCAGGCCUCCCGCAUGCUGCCUGCUCUGGCCCUGCCCCACACAGGCCUGGCCCAGCCAGCAGGUUCUCUCCAGUGAGCUCCCCAAUCCAACCCAUGCAUGGCCUCCCAGCCACCCGGAUCUCCAGGCCCAGCCUGGCCCCAAAUGUUCUUUCCUUUCAUCCUCAGCAAGUGCUGAGUCUGUGAAUAAAGCCACAUAAGCAGCGGGCACUAA